CGGCUCCUGGACUGGUUCGAGAGGCCCGACAGCUUCGUGCUGGUCCUGGAGAGGCCCGAGCCGGUACAGGACCUGUUCGACUUCAUCACGGAGCGGGGCGCCCUGCAGGAGGAGCUGGCGCGCAGCUUCUUCGGGCAGGUGCUGGAGGCCGUGCGGCACUGCCACGACUGCGGGGUGCUGCACCGCGACAUCAAGGACGAGAACAUCCUCAUCGACCUCGGCCGCGGCGAGCUCAAGCUCAUCGACUUCGGCUCGGGGGCGCUGCUCAAGGACACCGUGUACACCGACUUCGACGGCACCCGGGUGUACAGCCCUCCCGAAUGGAUUCGCUACCAUCGCUACCACGGCAGGUCUGCGGCCGUGUGGUCCCUGGGGAUCCUGCUCUACGACAUGGUGUGCGGAGACAUCCCUUUCGAGCAGGACGAGGAGAUCGUGCGGGGCCAGGUCUUCUUCCGGCAGCGCGUCUCCUCAGAGUGUCAGCACCUCAUCCGCUGGUGCCUGGCCCUGCGGCCCUCCGACCGGCCAACCUUCGAGGAAAUCCAGAACCACCCAUGGAUGCAGGACGCCCUCCUGCCCCAGGAGACGGCUGAGAUCCCCCUGCACAGCCUGUCGCCGGGAACCAGCAAAUAGCCGGUCCGGGCCAGGUCCUCCCUUCCCCGCCAGGCCGUGGGCCGUAGCGCCAGCCUCAGGCUUCCCAUCCCCAGUGACACCAGGCCACCUGCCCGGGCCAGCAAGACAGUGCGACACAACUACAGCGACUCAUUCCGGGCCCAGGCUGAGGCCCCACCCGGUGCCUCCUCAGCCCCUGGGAGAGGCUUUCCUCACUCUCCUCUCCUCUGGUGCCGGCUGGGCGGGCGGCGGGGGGCCGGGCCGGGUAGCUCUAGCGUCAUUUGAAGUCCCUGUCACCUCUUCCGACUCUUCUGAGUGCCUUCCGCGGGGACUCCGGCUGUGCUGGGAGAAAUACUUGAACUUAACCUCUUUACCUGCUGCUUCCCCCAAAUCUGCCUGGGUUGGGUCCCCCGUUCCUGCCCCUCCUCUAUGCGAAAGGUGCCGCGGGAGAGGCCUCGGGCGCCCUCCUUUCUGCCUCCUUUAGUAAAACUCCAGUGAACUGUCUUCCUCUUCGGUUUUUACUUAACCUGUUUCCAAGCCAGGACCUCACACACACACACACACACACACACACACACACACACGCGUGCGCACACACACACACACACACGCACGAACAAUGCAAACAGAAAAGCUGUAAAUGUGUACAGUUGGCAUGGUAGUAUACAAAAGGAUCGUAGUUCUAAUGUUUUAACAAGUCUUUUAAGUUAUUUUAUCUUUUUUUUUCCUGUUUUUGGAAAGAUGCUCAUUCUAACCCAGAGGUCGAUGUUAAGUAUUUAUUUAUUUAUUUAUUUGGUUCCCGCCCUUUCCAAACUUCCGAAACUACUGUCCUAGGUUUUUGGGGGGGUUUGCGUUUGAUUUUUUUUUUUUCCUCUCCUUUCCUCCUCUGACUUGGGGAACUUUUGGGGAGGGCUGCGAUGCUUGCUGUGUGUAGGGUGAGGGGACCCAGGUGGGACGGCUCGGGACUCCCUGGCUUGUCUGUCGGUUGGAGGUGGGGACUGGACAGCGUGUGCCUUGCGGUCCUCCCUGGGGCUGGGUUUCGAGCAGCAUGUGGCCUGCUGGUUUUAUGUGAGCAAAUACUGUACAGGGGAAUAAAAGAGAUCUUAUUUUUUUUUUUUUUAUACUUGGCGUUUUU